ACAUUUCGGUCGCACGAAAAAGGCCACGGUGGCCGCUCUCAGGCUUUUCUCUGCUUUAAUAUAUUUGGGAGAAGACACAGAUUGUCAGAACUUUGAAAACAAUGUUAAACGUAUUGAAAUACCAUUAUUUUAAUUAUGGUUUACGCCAAUUGAAAAGAUUGUCGGCUUAUUCUUCAUUAAAGUUAUAUUUAUCAACUUCGUCACUUACUAUGACCAAGGAACAGGAAUGUAAAAAUUAUAGAAUCGAGAGAGAUACAUUUGGAGAAUUGAAGGUGCCUGCAGAUAAAUAUUAUGGUGCCCAAACUCUUCGGGCAUUGAUAAACUUUCCAAUCGGUGAUACGUUUGAACGUAUGCCUUGCAGGUUGAUAACAGCAAUGGGCAUAUUAAAAAAAGCUGCAGCAGAAGUAAAUAAAGAAUAUAAUUUAGAUCCUAAAAUUGCUGAUGCCAUUAGCAAGGCAGCAGAUGACGUAAUAAGUGGGAAGUUAUACAAUGACCAUUUUCCCUUAAUUAUUUGGCAAACCGGAUCUGGCACGCAAACUCAUAUGAAUGUCAAUGAGGUUAUUGCUAAUCGUGCGAUUGAGAUACUUGGUGGCGAACUUGGCUCAAAAAAACCAGUACAUCCAAAUGAUCAUGUUAACAUGUCGCAGAGCAGCAAUGAUACGUUUCCAACAGCCAUGCAUAUAGCUGUUGCUUUGGAGAUUCAUAAAGUGUUAAUUCCAGGAUUGGAGGAAUUAAAUAAAGCAUUGAAAGAAAAAGCAGACGAAUGGAAAGGCAUUAUAAAAAUUGGUAGAACACAUACUCAGGAUGCGGUACCACUAACGUUGGGUCAAGAAUUUUCAGGAUAUGCCACACAAGUCAAAUAUGGUAUUGCAAGAAUAAAAGAUACACUCCCAAGAUUGUAUCAAUUAGCUCUUGGUGGUACAGCAGUUGGAACUGGAUUAAACACGCGAAAGGGUUUUUCAGAAAAGGCAGUUGCGAAAAUUGCGGAGUUUACUGGUUUACCGUUUGUCUGUGCACCAAAUAAAUUCGAAGCUCUAGCUGCGCAUGAUGCAAUUGUUGAAGUACAUGGCGCUUUUAAUACAGUGGCCGUUUCUCUUAUGAAAAUUGCAAAUGACAUUAGAUUUCUUGGAAGUGGACCUAGAUGCGGUUUAGGAGAAUUAUCUCUUCCAGAAAAUGAGCCUGGAAGUUCUAUUAUGCCUGGGAAAGUAAAUCCUACACAAGCCGAAUCAAUGACCAUGAGAAUUCUCGGAAGUGUCCUAGAUGCGCACAGUAAUAAACGAGUGAGGCCCGAUUGCGCACAUAAACGAUCGGAUACAGUAAUUUUUUCUGAUUGAACACGACUGCUCCUAUCGGACACACCCUAUUGAACAGGAGCGUCCCAGAUGCGUACGGACACAUCAGGCUGAGUGAAACGGACAUAGUGCGAAACGGAAACAGAUCAAAUGCGCACAGAACAAACGGACUUAACACAUGGGUUGCGACUUUUCAGGGCACCCCUACCAACGAGGUGAGUCCAGAAGGGGGGCAAACUUCCCCGUGUGUGUGUGUGUGUGCGUGUGCGCGCGCGCGCACAAAGCAUUCUCUGCACUACAUGGGUUUGCGACUGUGUCCGUUUCGCAUUGUGUCCGUUUGUUACUGUGUCCGCUUAGUCUGUACGCAUUUGAUCUGUGUCCGUUUCGCACUAUAUCCGUUUCACACUGUGUCCGUUUCGCUCAGCCUGCUGUAUCCGUUUAUUACUGUGCGCAACUGAGACUUACUGUAUGGGACACAACAACGAUCGGACAUAGAAAUAAUUGCACACGGAUCCGAUUGCGCACGGACCCAUUUGCACACGAUACGAUUCAGCAUCGCAGAUAGUACAUGGAUUAGCGACGAGAGGAGGCCGAUAGUGCGGCUGCCGUCCCGGUGCACGUUUGUGGUAUGUGUUCGGCGAGUCGUAGUCGCGAGUGAGUCCCAAGGUCAGAAUUGCAAAGUUAGCUCAUAUUUCCUAACACCAAAAAAAA